AUGAGACCUGUGAUGAGCAAUAUAGCGAACCCUUCCACGACGCUCCUCAUGAACGGACACUUGAAGGAGUCUGGUGCCGAAUUAGUGAGGGCAGCGGGGGAUGGUGAUGAAGGAGAGGGUGAAGAUUGUGACUCGCCCGGCAUACCGGUAGGUGCUACGCCCUGCGAGAAAGUCGACCCGGGGGCAGUGGUUGACGGCUGUCUCGGGGAAGGCUGA